UCAAAAUUUCCGGGAGGAUAGAACGAAGUUCUGCAGAAAACGUCCGCGAACUACAGAAAUGAGUUUAACGAAGCUAAUCUUAAGGAAAAACUUACCUAAUGCAAGCAAGAAGCUCCUGGACUGUGGCAGCAUCGUCAAAUCAAUCACUUGCCAGAAAAGCACUAACCAGCCUUCUUCAAACAGCAGCAGCAGCAGCUCUGAUAGUGAUGACGAAUUGAAGAAAAAAGCACCUAACUCUGACGCUGUACGAAAGCUCAACUUCUUGUUAGAUCAAAUGAUGUCUAACAAUAUAGCGAACAAAACCUCUAUCGAUCUGGCACAGCCCUCGAAUAAACGAGAGCAGGGCCGCCAGGAGAAGCAGGAAGCCAGCACUCAAUCAGUCGAAAAUAAAAUUAUUAAUGCCGUACAAGAAGUCGCAGACUCACUUGGCGGAAACGUCAAGCAAACCGAGUCGGAAUUGCUGGUGAAACUGCUCAACCCUAUUAAAACUCCCGAGGAAACCACAGCCAGUCUCAGUGACAUCCUCAAGGGGAUGAAGGUGGAAAGGGGGGCUGCACCCCAAGUUUCCAAAGCUGAGCAAGUGCGAAGCGCCCUAAAAAGCGUCAGUUCGCAAAUGGACUCUCCUCAGAGGUCCAUGAGCAGUCGCAGACCCAGGCGCCCCGUUUAUCCCAUGGGGCCUCAAGGGAACGUGGAACCAGUGGCUCUGUUCGAAGGGGACAGUCUGGGCAUUUUCACCAACCCAUCGGAGCUGCAGCCCAGCUCGCAAUUGUCAACGUGGCAACAACUCCACAAUAGAGAGCUGCAAUUGGCCGUUACCCAUCCCCCCUCCAACUAUUUCCAGGAAAUGAUCCUGUGGACCAAUCAGGGCAAGUUCUGGCAAUUUCCCAUCAACAACGAAUUCGGGCUGGACGAGGAAAGCAAAGUGUACUUUUCCGAGCACAUUUUCCUGGAAAAAUACCUGGAACCUUGGUGUCCGGCACGCGGCCCUUUGCGGCACUUUAUGGAGCUGGUCUGCGUGGGACUGUCCAAAAACAGCUACUUGACCGUGGAGGCCAAGCGCGAGCACAUCGAGUGGUACAAGAAUUACUUUGAGGAGAAAAGGCAACUGUUGCAGGAAGUGGGCGCCUUUCCAGCACCUCCAAAAGAUCAGCCCGCCAUCGACCAGCAGUGAAUGUGACUUUUAGCGCGUUUAGUUUUAGUUAAUAAAGUUCUCUUAAAGAA